AUGUCGGAGGCCAAACAACCCGUCCAGGAUCAAGAGUCGGCGACUUCUUCCCAAGCCACACCCAACGAUGGCGGCCUUGUCAACGCCUCCGGACACGUACAAGAGCUCCAGAGAAACUUUUCUCUUCUAUCCCUAGCCGGCGUUGGAUUGGUUGUCGGCAAUGUAUGGCCAGCAAUCGGCGGGUCAAUUCUCGUUGCCAUCUUCAAUGGUGGUCCACCCGGCGUUCUCUAUGAAUUCAUCGUGGUCUCUGUAUUCUACUGGACUGUCGCUGCUUCGAUUGCUGAGCUGGCCUCGGCGAUUCCUUCUUCUGCUGGUGUGUACCACUGGGCGAGUGUUACCCCCGGAAAGAAAUGGGGUCGGAUUGUUGGCUUCUAUGCAGGCUGGUGGAAUACCCUCGCCUGGAUCCUUGGUGCUGCCUCAAUGACAGCAAUUUUUUCCAACACUAUCGUCCAGAUGUAUGCUUUGAAGCACCCUGAUUUUACUGCGGAGGCCUGGCACGUUUUCGUGACCUAUGUCAUCACAACCUGGAUUGCAUGUGCCUUGGUCUGUUUCUUCAACAAUGCCAUGCCCUAUCUGAAUCAAAUCGGAAUCUUUUUCAUCCUUGCCGGCUUCAUCAUCACAGUGAUCGUCUGCGCCGUUAUGCCCGGGCGAGGUGGUCGUCCUGGUCACGCAACAUCUGCCUUUGUCUGGAAGGAUUGGACCGCCGAAAUUGGAUAUCCAAGUGGAUUCGUGUUUGUUGCGGGCAUGCUCAAUGGUGCUUACAGCGUCGGAACACCGGACACAACGACCCAUCUCGCUGAAGAGAUUCCUUAUCCACAACGCAACGUUCCGAUCGCUAUCUUUUGCCAAGUCAGCAUUGGAUUUGUCACCGGCCUUGCUUAUUUGAUUGCAAUCAUGUACGCCAUUAACGACUACGACGCACUGUUCGAAUCGCCAUAUCCGAUUGCCGAGAUCUAUCGACAAGCGACUGGCUCCGCUGAUGGUGCGAUCGGACUGUUGGCUCUUGUUAUGAUCUGCAUCGGCAUUUGCGUGGUUGGGUUAUAUAUCACCAGCGGGCGAACACUGUGGGCUUUAUCUCGUGAUGGAGCAGUCCCAUUCCCCAGGAUUGUCAGCAAAGUUUCAGAACGAUUCGGAAUGCCCUUCAAUGCCACUGUCAUUGUGGCCAUUAUCGUAACUGUUCUUGGAGCUAUCUACGUUGGCAGCACUACUGCAUUCAACGCUUUCGUCGGCUCAUUCGUGUUGAUGUCUUCUUCGUCCUACAUCGCAGCGAUCCUUCCCAACCUCCUGACCGGCCGAAAGAACAUCGAAGUAUAUGGCCCUUUCGAAUUGAAAGGUUGGAAAGGAUAUGUCUUGAAUGCCAUCGCCUGCUCAUACAUGAUUGUGUGGUUCGUGAUCUACUGUUUCCCAUACGCCUUACCAACGGACGCAAAAUCCAUGAACUAUGCUUCUCUCAUAUGGGGCGGUUUUACGAUUUUGGUAUCUGCUUGGUGGUUCUUGGGUGCAAGGCGCCACUACGAAGGCCCUCCGAUGGUCAGGGAUGGAGGACAUGCCACUUUGGCUGAUACCAUGAAGAAGGUCGACUCCCAUAUUCAGCGGGCCGCAAGUGUCAAAUCUAAUACAGUAGGAUAG